UCUAGCCAAGGAGAGGCGCUGUUAUCACAGAUGACGAACUACCUCUAUUUGUUGGAGGACUAUGUUGUAAAAUCUUUCAAUUAGUUAUAUUUCGAUAUAGUUCUAAUGUUGGAAGAUUUGGUCGAUUGCGCAAUUAACAACUUAACUGGAGGAUGCACCACUUCAACGACCCAAAGCCAAGGUUGUAUUGUUGUUGAGGACAAUGCCGUUUUAUUCUGACUGACUGGUUAGCUGCUAGCCAACAGUUGGAGUAGCUAGCUACCCAGCUAGCUAAUCUUAAAAAGUCACGUCUCCAGCUGACCUGCUAACCUAACUUAAUUUACGUUAACAUUUAUUGUAAGGGAUAUAUCUCGCUAGUUUAGUGUUUUUCUAUGCGUUGUUUGUUUAGCCUUUGUGCAACCAUAGGCAUUGGGUUUUGGGUGUUUUAUUAUAAGGUUAGCUUGUUAGCUACGAAUAGUCGCUUGCUGUAACUGGAGCCAAAAGUCUGACUUCAUUUAACAAAAAUGAGAUAGAAGGAAGACACCAAGUACAUUUCCCGCUGAUUUAGCGGCUCUGAAUUGGAUCGAAAGCUUUGUGUGUGAGGCCUGCAGGUCGGGCUUUCACCGAGCUAGAGUAGGGCCGAACGCCGCCUGUGAACACUCUUAGCCCAGCUGCUAGGCUGGAGGCCGGGGAUUUGAAGAAAUGGAACGAAUGGAAGUGGACCAGUGCGCAGGCGCAACUACCGGGAGCGGAGGAGGGGCUCUUCGUAGAUCGAACAGCGCCCCCAUGAUUACAAGUGUCAGUGAUGGUAUGACAGUGUUCAGUCCAACUAGUUCAGCCCGGUAUCGGCGAAGCAGUGUCUCUGUGAAUCCCAGUUGCCCUUAUCGGGCCGUCCCCCUGUCCCCUUUCUCAUUGGGUGGUGAGAGACCAGACCACAAAAGGCAGGUUGAGAAUAUGGAGAUGACACUCAGGGGGAGUCUUCAGAGACUAAGUGCUUCCAACCUGGUCCCUCCUCCUGUCAGUCACUGGCAUGACUAUUCAUCAGGGGGAUUCCAUUCACAGGACAGUGGUGUCACACCCAAUUCGUCCCCUAGUCCAACUCGAAGGUUCAGGGGGCCUACAGUCAGUUCUACUGUGAGAUGGCCUGCCCUAACUCCACUGAAAAGGAAAGGUAAGAACGGUGCUUCAAGAAUAGUGCUUACUUUGCUCAGGUGUGUGUGUGUGUGUGUGUGUGUGUUUGUCUGUGUCCUCUCCUCCAUCCUGUUGUUCUGCCAUGUAGGAGGAGUGGAGUCUGAUGGCCCGCCCAAGAAGCUGUUUGUUGCCGGGGUAACAGAACCUGCUCACCGGACUAGUUACACAGUCAGUGUGUCCCAGGCGUCUGCAGACUCUCCUACAGGUGGUGUGUCUGUGUGUGAUGCCAGUCCCCAGGGUAGUCCACUGUCCCUGUCUCCUCCCCCCUCUUACCAGCCCAACAUCUAGACACCCUAACACCAGGAGCCUAUCAUAGGCCAGGACUACAGUCAGCCUGUCAGGGCCCUGGAUCCCUCUCAACACAGCCUCACUGACCCAGUCCACCUAUCAGAGCCUGGGAAUCAACUCAGUAAGCCUAUCAGAACCCUAGUUUCUACGCAAUCUGCCUAUCAGGGAGCACUCCUCUCUCUCAAACCAUCAGAGCCUUGGGGAAACAUAUUCCUUGGCUCCUGAAGUAAUCAGAUCUGGAUUUGUAAUCAAGAUAAUAUCUAGAUGUUAUACAAAGACUGGCACCCGUGCUUUGUUAAUCAGAAGGUUGCAGGAAAUGACCUGCUAAAGGAAGUUGGUGACCAGCGCAUUGUAAGGUGGUGUCAGGGUGAAGAGAUUGUGAUGACAAUGGGAAAGAACUUAGAAAAUCGUUUGACUAAAUUCUGGACUCACUUUUCGCUGUAGUUGACAUGUGGGUUGUGUUGUGAUAACCAAUGUCAACUAUGGUUGUGUUUUCCUUGUUGGGAUUUUGUUUAUCUCAUAUCUAGAGGUGUUACUGGUACUGUAAAACAGAAUGAGUUCUUCCAAUAGUCAAGAAAAGGCCUUGUCUGAAGUUGUGUUCAGGGGUAACGGUGAGGGAACGUUAUAUCCCACUGAACGGGACCCAAUAGUCCAGUAUUCUUUGAUAGUCCAGAAGUUAGCGCUCAAACAUGAGACAUUAAGUCACCACAGCGGACUGCCGAGCCGGUGGUGGCUCUGAGUUUGUCUAUAUGUGAAUAGUGUAUUGAUAUGUGAAUACGCAGAUAUAAGCAGGGCUGCCUUUAUGGCCCCUCACUUUCUCUGGCUGUGGGGGUUUGUACUGUAAAUAUAGAAUCCCCAAGCAAAGCUCUGCCCAGAGGACCCUCCCAAUCCUGGUCCUUAAGGGCCCAAUCCUAAUGAUUGUUCUGCGUGGAUACUGGUAACUCAAAUUUUAGCACAAAUCUGUCAUUAACAUGACAGAGCAAUUCCGCUGUAUCAGAGUGACACAAACCACGUUUCCAUCCACAGUUUUUAUGCUAGUAAAGUCAUAUUGUAUA